AUGUCGUUCAUGAAAGAUUGGAAAGACCAGGAGGGUUACCUGGUUUUACAUAGUUCGAAGUGGCAUCGAAAGGUCGUCUUCCAUUCACCAUUCAUCAUCCCUUCAAUGCGCCCUGAAUAUGCACCGAGCGCAACCAGGCUGGGUUUUCAAGGCCUUGUGGAUGGGAAUAUAAAAAAGCUGUCCCUUUUAGAUGUUUCUUUAAUAAUACAACAAGGAGGAACUAUAAUUGGUACAGCUAGAUGUGCUGCCUUUCGAACAAGAGAAGGACGUUUAAAAGCUGCCAAAAAUCUAAUAGGAAGAAAAAUAACUAAACUGAUUUGUUGCGGCGGUGAUGGCAGUUUAACAGGAGCUAGUAAAUUUAAAAACGAGUGGAGUUCUUUGUUAGAAGAACUUUACGAGAAAAAAGAAAUCUCUAAAGAAAGUUUAGAUUCUUGCCAGGAUUUGAACUUAGUCGGUUUAGUUGGCUCUAUUGAUAAUGAUUUCUGUAAGGUUUAUAAAGGCGAUCUCACUAUUGGCACCGACACCGCUUUGCAUAGGAUUGUUGAGUGCGUUGAUAGUGUGCUAAGCACCGCACAAAGUCACCAAAGAGCUUUUGUUUUGGAGGUAAUGGGAAGAGAAUGCGGAUACUUAGCUUGGGGAGCCUCAGUCGCAUGCGGAGCUGACUAUGUUAUUAUCCCCGAGUCGCCCCCCGUUGAUGGCUGGGAAGAUUUUCUUUGUAGAAAGUUUGAACUGAGAAGGAAACUGGGAAGAAGAGUUAAUCUUGUUAUUAUUGCUGAAGGCGCUACUGAUGUUCACGGAAACCCCAUAACUACUAAUUAUGUUGUGGAUGUUAUACGUAACAAUCUUGGUUAUGAUACGAGGUCAACAAUUCUUGGACACGUCCAGCGUGGCGGCCGUCCGUCGGGGUACGAUAGAUUUAUGGCAACUAUUACGGCCACAGAAGCUGUGAAACACGUGCUCCGAGCCUCCUGCAAGGAGCCCGCUCAAAUUGUAGGGUUGUGCGGGACCCACGUGGUCUUCUGUCCGCUUAUUGAAAGCGUUGCUGAGACUCAGAAAGUCUCAGAGUUGAGGGUGGAAAAAAAAUAUGAAGAUGCAAUGAAGCAGCGAGGGGAAACUUUUAGAAGAGAUUAUGAAUAUUGCAUAGCAGUCAACCGCUCCACUCCUAAAAAAAGGCCACCAAACUUUGGAGAAGAUAAGUGCAUUGCUAUUAUCUGCGUUGGUGCUCCCGCUGCUGGAAUGAACAGCGCUGUAAGAGCAGCAGUUCGCUUAUCAUUGAAUCUUGGCUAUACUACUUACGGAGUUCAAAUGGGCUUUUGCGGUUUUGAAAAUGACGAACUUUUAAAGCUAGACUUUAUGAGUGUUGACAAUUGGGGACUUUUAGGCGGGGCUCAGUUAGGAACCAAUCGCGUAAGGCCAAAGAACUUUCAGAAAAUAGCUGAAACUAUCAAAAAUCGUAAAAUUGUGUCUUUGCUGGUCGUUGGUGGAUUUGAAGCGCUUACUUCCGUUUGGGAUAUUAAAGCUCAACAAGGAAACCGUCCAGAAUUGAAGAUACCUAUAGUUAUUGUACCAGCGACCAUAAGCAAUAACGUUCCUGGGACGGAAUGGUCGAUCGGCUGUGACACAGCUGUCAACGCUGUCGUUGAUGCCAUAGAUCGACUCAAAUAUUCUGCAGAUGCCCUACGAAAGAGACUUUUUUUCGUAGAAACACAAGGCGCCAACUGUGGGUAUCUUGCGUUUGUUAGCGCCUUAUCCAGUGGCGCAGAAACGGUGUAUCUCCAAGAAAAAGAAGUUUCCUUAAGUCUUCUUACGAAAGAUCUCGAUUUUGUUCAUAGAAGAGCCACGGAAGGCACCAUGCAGCAAAUGGUUUUUGUUAGAAGUGAGGAAUGCAAUCCUGUUUAUGAUAUUGACUUUAUGGCAAAGUUGUUUGAAGAGGAGGGAAAGACUGCUUUUUCUGUGCGCAAACUCGUGCUGGGCCACCUUUGUCAAGGCUUGCAUCCAUCCCCGUUGGAUAGAAUACGGGCCUUACAAUUAUCAGUGGCUGCUAUAAAUUUCCUUGAUGAGCAAAUUGCUCAUAAUAAGUGUGAAACAACACUUGUUGGUUUUCUUGAUAAUAAAAUCCGCUUCGUCAAUGUUUCUGAUCUUCAAAAAGAAUGCGUUCUUGAAAAGAGGAAGCCGAAGAAACACUGGUUUACGGAGUAUACGGACUUGUUGGAAGAGCUGCGCUGCUUUAACUGCGAAGGACUUGAAGAAUCUUAA